GACAUGACUUCCGUGUUUAGAUGUGGACUACAUGACGACACAGGCGGGAGAUUUGUGUUUUAGGAAAAUAAUAUACAAAACGUCAUACCAUCAGAGAAUUUGGUGUAGAGUGAAUGGUUGUCACUGUCCGCGCGCCAAUGGACCCGCUGGAUUUCCUAACGCAGGAUCAGUUGCUGCUCUUCUUUCGCCGUAAGAAGACGGAGAUGUCGUGCAUGGAUCAACCACACACCUUCCUCACUCAGUUGCGGGACCACGACCUUCUGUCGGAGAAGCUCUAUCAGAGAGUGGUCAGGAUGAAGACGAAGGAGCAGAAGAAGAAGGGUGUGUAUGAGGUGCUGGACAGUCUGGAGACCCAUCAGCCGGAGUGUGUGGAGACCUUCUGGCGGAGUGUGUUUACAGACCACAUCAUGCAGCUGUACCCCACUCUCAGACUGCUGAGGAACAGCCUCAUGGAUGGGUCCUUCCCAUUCAAUGAAAGUCAUCCGGAGGUGGACUGCACGAGCGAGGAGAAGGACGCAGAGGAAAAGAGUGAAGACAUGAAAGAGAGGAAGGUGAAGAAGAGGAGUAGACAGAAGAGCAAAGGGAGCACGAGCGAAAGGGAGGAAGAGGAGGAGCAAGAUCAAGCAGGGACUUCUCAAGUCAAAACCAGUGUGAAGAAGAGGAAGCUUCAGAAACCUAUUUACGCUCUCCGAGCUGUUCUGUGUGUCCCUCCUGUCAUUCCGUCCUCUCACUCCCUGCUGUGUUGUCCAGGCUCUCCUCUGAUCAAGGGGGGUAGAGAGGACAUCUGGAACUGGCCCAUGUUUAAGACCCAGCUGCCCGUCACCUGCGGGAACAAAGAGGGGACUCUAUACAGAGACAAACUAGCCAAAGGAGUGAGGAGCAUUUUUCACGAGGAUAGGUGGUACACACCAGGCGAGUUUGAGAAGCUGGGAGGUAAGGAGAGGAGCAAGAACUGGAAGACCAGCAUCCGCUGCCGCAACACACCACUGCAAAAGCUGAUUCAGGAAAAUCACUUAACGUCUUCACCAGCUAAAAGGAGAUCAGCUGACAGAGGACAGGAUGGUACUUGCAUGCAGCAGUUUACUAACACAGACCCCACACAUGUUAAGAAGAAGAUGAGGAGAGCCCUGUUUCCCUCCAGCCCAGAGAACUCCAUCAGACUGUCUGACUCCAGUGAUGAAGAGAACAGCAGCAGUAACCAGACGGAGGACAGAAGCGAGGGAGACCUGAGAGAAGAGAGGGAAGAGGGGGAAGAAGAGGAGGGAGGGAUGGCGGGGGCUGGAGGGGCUGUAGAGGGAGGCAGUAACCAUGACAACGGGGAGGUGGACACAUCCCUGUUUGAAGGAAGCACUCUGCCUGUCCAGUGUGGGCCUGUCACCGGAAGACUGCAGAAAGACCGCUUCGCGUCAGGAAGUACAGGAAAGUGCAUCCGUACAGAUGAGAGGUGGCUGACCCCUGCAGAGUUCAUCAGGCUGAACCCUGAUCUGAUGGAUGGAAUGUGGAAGAGAGACAUCACCUGUAGAGGCCAACCUCUAAGCUACCUUUUACAGGGGAAGAUCCUGCAGGUGCAUUCUCUGCUGUGUAUGUGUCGAAUGUGCAGUCACACAGAGUCAGACCUGCAAGACCAGACAAAUGAUGACCACUGCUUCAUCUGCGGAGAGAGAGGAGAGCUGCUGUGUUGUGAUGGGUGUCCCAGAUCCUUCCACAGAGACUGUCACAUACCCACUCCAGCACCUUCACCAGGUGAUGACUGGCUGUGUACGUUCUGUGUGUGGAAGAGGAGUCAGGAAUGGCGUUAUGCUGAUCACAUGACCCAAAAACAGGUCCUAGACAGCAGGAUCUCGGUGUAUACUCUGCAAUGUCAGUACCUCCUGCUGUUUUUACUCAAUGCAGAUGAGCAGAGAAUCUUCACUAUAGAUCCCUGCCCUACUGUGUCAGGCUACUCGUCAGUGAUACCAAGGCCCAUGUGGCUGCAGAAGGUGCGGGAGAACCUGGAGAGUCGCUACCGUCUGGUGGGGGAGUUCGUCUCAGACGUGCGACUCAUCUUCAGGAACUGUGCCGUCUUCAACAGGAACAAUCAAGAGAUUAAGGAAAUGGGAAUUAGACUCAGUACUUUGUUCGAAGAGGAGUUUCAAAGUACCUUCAUUGCAACCAAUCAACGUGAUGAUUCGGGAUGAAGUCCAGCCGAACCCAAGUCCCUCCAUUGUUAAGGAGCUUGGCUAGCAUGCAGUAUCUACACAAGUUGUGGGUUCAAUUCUUGAGCAAGUCACCAAACACCCUUUGUAAUGUAAUUGACAUAAGUAAGUCGCUUUGAAUUGAAGUGCCUGCUAAAUGAAUAAAUGUAAAUAUAAAUAUAUAUACAGCUCAAAAAAUGAAGGGAACACAUAAUUGCUCUGACACUAUUUCUGUGCACAAGUAAAAAACCUUUGAGGCGAGUGUUUUAUUUUGCAAGAACUGUCAGACAUUCUGUGAAUGUAGUUUGAGAAUUGAGAAAAGGGUGGAAGGUUUCAAAAAAAUGUUGUGGGAAACUGUAAGUGUUCCCUUAAUUUUUUUGAGCAGUAUAUAUAGAAAGAGAGCGAGAGAGAUCCCUGACCACAGUUUACUCAGGGACACACUAGGACCCCUAGGCCACUGAAGUCCAAAUUGGGAUUUUGUUUUCUCAUCUCUUACAAUAAUUGCAGUCAGUCUCUACUGUAUAUAACCACGUUGCUUUACCUUUGCAUUGCCACGUUUUGUACAAGCUCCAUGUGACGACAGCCAUGUCUAAUCCAACGUGCCCAACAGUUAGAUCACAGACUAGACAGAAAGAGAAACCCUAGACGAAUAGCACAGUUGUACCAGCAGCAAACACCUGCCCAUCAAACAUACAUUAUCUGUGUGUGUAUUAACGAUUACUACUUUAAACUUGUACGUCAAAAACAUUAUUUUUUUAAUGAAUUAAAGAAUUCUUAUGACCUCUUCCUUUUGGAGUUUGAGAUGUAUUGUUUGCCUUGAUACAAUAAGAGUACUAUGUUGUUUUUUUGCUUAUUUGUUGUUUAAUUUUUAAUUAUUUUUUUUUUUCUAACUGUUAAUAGUCCACUAAAUGUCCACAUUAAAAACUGUCUGCUUGAAUACAUUUUUGAAAACAUGUAAUACUGUCCCAGAUGUUUUUGCGCUACAUGCACUGUUGAAUAAAAAAUAAAAUACAUUUCCUUAAAAA